UUGUUAUGAACCGCUUUACUUGUGCUGCCUGUGUUUAAUUUGAGUUUGAGUUUGAAUAGUUGAGGUUCGGCAGCAUGGAAUUGUUUCUGCGAAUAAUGCAAUUUAUGAUCAAAAUUGCUUAUACUAUAGUGUACAAAUUAUUGAAUUUUGUUUAUAGUCCAGAAAAGAAUGAACUCCCACCAAUAGAAGAUGAUACAAUAUUAUUAUCAUUAACCGAAGUGCUAAAGAGAUUGCAGACACGUGAGCUUUCAUCUGUGGAGCUUCUUGAAAGUUACAUGGAAAGGAUAAGAGAUGUUAAUCCAUACCUUAAUGCUAUAGUUGAAACCCGAUUUGAUGAUGCUUUAGAAGAAGCAAAUAGAGUUGAUGCUAUGCUUAAAUUAAGUACACCAGAGCGGCUGAAUGAGUUGUAUAAAAAUCAACCUUUAUUAGGUGUACCCUUUACUGUGAAGGAAGCAUGUGGGGUUAAAGAUUUAUCGUUUGAAGUUGGUAGUCUGAAACGUCAAGGAAUGAAAUCGAAGAGCAAUGGUGCUGUUAUAUCGAUAUUACGUUCAGCUGGCGCUAUACCACUACUUGUAUCUGCCAACCCCGAAUAUUGUUUCAGUAUCGAAACAAAUACGUACACUAAUGGUAAAUGCUGUAAUGCUUACGAUGCUACAAAAUCAAGUGGUGGAUCCUCUGGCGGAGAGGGCGCCUUAAAUGGUGCCGGUGCUACUUUGUUUGGUAUUGGUUCAGAUAUUGCUGGUUCUAUACGUAUACCUAGCUUAUUUAAUGGUGUUUUUGGACAUAAACCUACUGGUGGUGCGGUAUCAGUUAGUGGCCAUUUUCCCCAUGCUAAUGAUGCUGACUACAUUCAGUACCUACAAUUGGGUCCAAUAACUCGUUUUGCCAGUGAUUUAAGCUUGAUCUUGCAUGUGAUGGCCGGUAAUAAAGCCAGUAAAUUACACCUCUUGAGCCCUGUUCAAUUGAAUCAAAUGAAAAUCUACUAUUCGCUGGGAUUUACUGACUUGAAUGGAAUUCUACAUCACGAUGUUCAUAAUGACAUCAGUGGAAGUAUUCUAAACGCCGCAAAUUAUUUUAAACAAAAAGGUUUACCCGUAAAAGAGGCUAAAAUUAAAGGUUUCCGUAAUUCAACUGAAAUAGCGCUAAGUUCGAUUGCACACCUUCACAAUUUUCCAUUUCUAAUUGAAAAUCCUGGAGAUUUCCCAGUUCUCAAAACACUUAGCGAAUAUUCACUAAGCGUAUUUGGCCUUUCGGAUUUUACAAAAGAUGGUUUAAUAUUUGAGUUAAUGCGACGUACAAAUGGUUUUAUGCCAACUAGAAAUUCAUAUAAAUAUAGAAAGGAACGGGACUUGCUUAGAAGUGAAAUAAUUAGACUCUUGGGUGACAAUGGUGUACUCUUUUUUCCCACAUUUACAGUACCAGCUAUUCACCAUAACAGUUCUCUUUUACCACUUUGGGCAAUCGAUUAUACACUAAUCUUUAAUGUAUGUGGCCUGCCGGCAACACAUGUAACUAUGGGGUUGAAUAAGGAUAAAUUGCCAGUAGGAUUUCAAGUAAUCGCAUCACCAUUCAAAGACCGGCUCUGUAUUAAAAUUGCUGAGGAAUUAGAAGCUAAAUUUGGUGGUUGGGUUCCACCGGAGGAUGCUUAAUUAUUUUAAAAGAUAUUAAUUUAUUUACUUAUGCUGUGUUAUAAUUUUAAACAAAAAGAAAUU